AUGACUCUCGUCAAGCUUUCAGUUGCCUUUGCGUGCGCUUAUGCCGUCACCAAACUUACCAGGUCCUCAUUGCGUAUCGUUUACCAGCACCCGAUGGCUUCUUAUUCAGGCAUCAACAGCUGCAUGAGCUUUAUCAAAGACUUUUACGCCAGCCAUGUGCAGUGCUUCAUCAGUGGAUGGUGCGCGGGCCACAUGUACUACACCCAGUCUAAGGACAAACACUCAUCUAUGUGGAGACCAUGGCCGGGCCAGAAAUACAAGAACGCUCACCUUGAUGUGAAGAAAUACAGACAUCAAGGGUUUACUUUCCAUCGGGCCAAACGCGGAGGGCCGGUUACGCGAUCACUCAGAGACUCCCAGUCCUUCCUGCUUGAUUACGGGGCCCUGUAUCGGUCCUUCAUUCGGCCAUCGCACCACGCACUGCUUGACGCCUGGCUGGCAGAAAGACGAGAUAAUAUUGAUGGAAUAACCUGGACAGAAUUUGACGGUCGCAUUUUCUCAGUACAUGAUACAUUCGAGUCUUGUUAUCGACAGUCCAGAAUGACAUUCGCCUCUCAUAGCGUAGAUCUUCCGCUAAACAGGCUCCGGCGCCUUAGCAACCUCGUUGCGUUGAACUUGACGGAGCCGGAUGCGCUGAGAGCCGAGUCGUUCCGGAGCUCGAUUGGUCCGCCUGCAGUUGGUCAGAAAUGGCAACUUGGCGCUCUGGCUCGAACUGGAAAGGUGUUUAACAACCUUCGCGACGCCACACCCUGGUCCUGGGCCUUAACACUGCCAAAUUCUUUUCCACCUUCCCUCAAGAUGUCUUUCGCAGAAAAAUCCACAGCCCUUCAAAACGUCAUGAAAAAUCUCGACAUAGGAGAUGCCUGUGUCUUGAGAAAAGCCUUUACCUACAGCUCAAUACUCAAACAGUGCUACGAGUCGCGAGCUGAUCCCGUUGGGUAUUUGUCGCGAACGUUCCGGUACCCAUUGACAUUAUUGUCCGCCAUGUUUGAUUCGGGCUGUGUUAUCACUGGUCCGCGCGCUUUAGGGUUCUUUCUCCCGUCGUCAACAAGUGAAGACUCCGUAUGGACUUUCUUCGUUCCCGGGUACAAGGAAUCAGUUUUAGACAUGGUUAAUGUGUUGGAAAUUUGCGGGGUCUCGUGGCAGCUUGAUGCAGCUGAAGUGGCAAGGUCGCUUCUCCCACUUGGAACGGCCUCCAUCUCAAGUGCGGAUCUCGAGUGUCUCAACUCACGGGCAGAAUCCCUUGAUCCAGCUGUAGCGCAAAAUUUACUCGGAACAGAGCUCUACGGCAGAUUAAAGACAUACAAGGAGAUGAACUGCGGCAACAGGCAAAACUUAGGGGAUAAGCCCCCGAAAGCGUAG